AUGUCGCGAACCACCACGAUCCGCGAUCUGCCAACCGAGAUCAUACUUCUCAUUUGGCUGCGACGUUCGUGCUGGGCUAUCCGCAAAUCAAUACCGUCUCCUACUCAUGCGAAGUUGAUAGAGGCGGAAACCGAUGACUUCGGACGUCAGAACAACUUGUACGCUUGUCGAGAUUGUCUUAGACUGCGACCAAGGGCAAAAUUCGGGGAUAAAAUGAUAAAGAAGGAGAAAUCCAAGUGGGGACGCGAUGCGAGGGAUCGCUGGUGCGUGGACUGUGGCAUCGACCCGCGCCCAGGCACCAAUCGAUACACGGCUGGCAACCACAUUGAAAUCUUUGGGGAACAUAAUGUUAUCUGCCUCCGAUGUCGAAAAUUUCAAGCGGGUGCUUUAGAGAACGGCAUACCCUUGUCUGUGUGCCAAGUCUGUCAGCGGAAUGCGAAGACAAUAGAGGAACGUAAGGAGGCUGACCGAGCACGUCAGGAAAGGGAUCGAUUGCGCGCGGUACAGGCUGAGCGGAGAGCCAGAGGACGUGCAAUUUAUGGCUCAGAUUCCGAGAGUGAUGAGAUAAUUCCCCCAAGUCCUUCAUUGAGUCAAGGAGCUUGA